AUGCCUCUCUUCAACGUCACUUUGAAGGAAAAUGCUUCUCCCGAGGAACUGACCAAGGCCAAGGACAAGGCCAAGGCGGACGGCGGCUCAAUCAAGCAUGAGUUCACUCUGAUCAAGGGCUUCACUGUCGAGUUCCCCGAGGACAAAGUCGGCGUUCUCCAGACCAACGAACACAUCCACGUCGAACAAGAUGGCGAAGUCAAGACCCAAUAA